AUGUCAACAGUCAUAAAUACAAUACCCAAGACUGCUCAUGAAUCAUACUCAAAGCGCCAGCGCUAUGAAUUUGAAAUCUUUGAUAAAUCGAUAAAAGAGAUUGAGAAUUUGUUCAAACAAGAUAUUCAUACUUUUAAAAGACCAAGAUUAACAAAACAUCAUUCAGAUUCAAGUGGCCAUGAUGAAGAUAACAACAACAACAAUAACAACUACACAUAUCAUGAUUCAAGACAGCUAAAUGAUUAUCUCAAGAAGGAUAAACGUAAUGAUUCGUACAAGUCAUUGUUCAGCAUAAAUAAACAAGCGAAUCAAGCUGUUGCCGCUCAUCAACAUCAUAACUACCAUGAUCAUAAAACUCCACGUUCAGAUGAAUACCACCAAUUAAGAGACCUAUACAAGAAGAAACAAUUAGAAAUGUCUAAACCGUGUUUGAAACCUUUAGUUCAUCCUUCAAUCAUAAAUCAUAUUAGACUAGAAACUAUAAAAAAGAUUGAUUAUUAUGUCAAUGAUAUCUUUGAUGAUGAUGAUGAAGGUUCUUGUGUCGAUCAAGAUUAUAAUGAAGAUGGAUUGUUCUUGAAGAAUGAUAAGAUUAUUGGUAAUUUGAUCAAUAUAAUUGAUUCAAAUAGAUGA